UCGGACUUCCGCUCGCAUGGCGGCAGCGGCCGAGGAGACCGCCUGCCGCUUCUUCCUGGAGGGCCGCUGCCGCUUCGGCGCCCGCUGCCGACAGCCCCACCCCGGGGCGCCGGAGUCCGCGGCGUCUGGCGGGGAGGCGCGGCCCGAGGACGGCGCCAAAAAGCCGCCGCUGCGCACGGCCGCGGCCGUCAUCCAGCGCAUCCGCUGGGACCCGCGCCUCGACCCCGCCGACUUCUCUGUGGGCUACUUCGAUCGCUUCCUGGGCGUGAGGGAGGAGCCCUUCGGCGCCUUCUGCUGGGACGAGCCGCUGGCGGCGCUGGGGCCCGGCGUGCUGGCCGUGCCGCAGCACCGAGUGCGCUACUUCCGCUUCCGCGGCCGGCUGGUGUGGGACCGCGCCUCGCGCACAGACCUCGUUUUCGGCUCCGGAUCCGCAGCCGGCCGCGGGCCCACGAUCCUGGACGCGCUGGACGGCGAGCGCGCGCAAGCCAUCGAGCACGCACCCGACAACGAGGACGCGCACCGGCCGGAGGUGGAGCUAGAGGCCAAAGAAACCCCAGAUGCCCCGAAGGAAGGAGCCAGAAACCUGGCCAGCACUGGGCUGGACAAGUCAUACCUGGAGCCCCCGGAAAAGGGUGAGGAAGCCGGAGAGACAGGGCUGAGUAGAAUCACUGACUCAGGAACACAAGAGUCGAGUGGGUGCCUUGGAGAACAAGAGAGGUCCUAUAUGCCAAGGGAAGCCCCUGGAGCUACAAGGCUGCCCCUGGGUCAGGCGCAGGUCGUGGCCGACUCAAGGUCGUCUGCUGGAAAGAUGGAAGCAGAGCGGGGUACAGGAGCCUGGCAUGAAAACCAGAAGGCCGCACACCAGCCCCGGCCUACUCAUUUCGUGGGCCUCAUGGUGACAGAGCCUGGGCUUCAGGCAGAAGUGGCCAAAGCACAAGCGCACCUCCUCAGAGAUGCCCCAUCCUGUGCCGAGUUCCUGGUGCCCCCAGAGGCCUUGCACCUGACACUUGCUCUCCUGAGGCUGGCAGGCCCUGGGGAGGAGGCAGCAGCGGUCCAGGCUCUGAAAAGGGUUCUCCUGACCCUAGGGCUUCGGGUACCCACGCAGUUACAGUUUAGGGACUUGGUUCUCCUGGGCCACCAUGUGCUCUGUGCCCUACCCUCCCCCGCACUGACAGGCACGGCCCAAGCUCUGAGUCAGGGGCUGGAGGCAGAAGGGCUGAGAGUGCUGCAGCCCUCAGGGGGGCUGCAUCCCCACCUGACACUGGCCAAGGUGCCACGAGGCUCCCAGGCCCACCUCCCCCAGCCUGGGUUCACCAUGAACCAGGAGAUGGGAACCCAGCCACUGAGGAAACUCUGGCUGUGCCGCAUGGCAAGGGCAGGGGACACCUACCAGCCGCUGGCUGAGCUCCCACUGGACUGACAAGUGGCCAUACCAAACAUAAAGGACGAGCAAGCUCUCUC